AUGGUGGCAUUUAACUGGAAGGCCUUAGAGAACUUCCCAUUGUUGAUGUACAUUUUGGCAGCUAAAACCUUGAUCCUUUGCUUAGCAUUUGCUGGAGUGAAAAUGUACCAGAGCAAGAAAAUUGAAGAGAAACUGAAGAGAGAACGUGAAGAGAAGCUGAAAAGAGAAGCAGAGAAGAAGGAUGAUUGA